GCGAGAAUGGAAGCCCCUGGAGGACCGUAGCUGCACAGACAUCCCGUGGCUGCUGCUCUUCACCCUGUUCUGCAUUGGGAUGGGAUUUAUUUGUGGCUUUUCAGUAGCAACAGGUGCAGCAGCGAGACUAGUGUCAGGAUACGACAGCUAUGGAAAUAUCUGUGGGCAGAAAAAUGCAGAGUUGGAAUCAGUACCAAACAGUGGCAUGGACCACACCCAUCGCAAGUAUGUGUUCUUUUUGGAUCCAUGCAAUCUGGACUUGAUAAACCGGAAGAUCAAGUCUGAAGCACUGUGCGUAGCAGCGUGUCCAAGACAAGAGCUGAAAACCCUGAGUGAUGUUCAGAAGUUUGCAGAGAUGAAUGGCUCAGCGCUGUGUCACUACAGCCUAAAGCCUUCUGAUUAUACAUCUGCAAAAGCUGCUUCUCGUUGCCCCAAACUACCAGUUCCAGAGAGUGCACCUAUUCCAUUCUUCCAUCGCUGUGCUCCUGUGAACAUUUCCUGCUAUGCCAAGUUUGCAGAGGCCCUGAUCACCUUUGUCAGUGACAAUAGUGUCUUACACAGGCUGAUUAGUGGAGUAAUGACCAGCAAAGAAAUUAUAUUGGGACUUUGCUUGUUAUCACUAGUUCUAUCCAUGAUUUUGAUGGUGAUAAUCAGGUAUAUAUCGAGAGUACUUGUGUGGAUCGUAACAAUUCUGGUCAUACUGGGUUCACUUGGUGGCACUGGUGUACUAUGGUGGCUGUAUGCAAAGCAAAGAAACUCUCCCAAAGAAACAGUGAUUCCUGAACAGCUUCAGAUAGCCGAAGACAAUCUCCGGGCCCUCCUCAUCUAUGCCAUUUCCGCUACAGUGUUCACAGUUAUCUUGUUCCUGAUCAUGCUGUUCAUGCGCAAACGCGUUGCUCUCACUAUCGCCUUGUUCCACGUGGCUGGCAAGGUCUUCAUUCACUUGCCGCUGCUAGUCUUCCAACCCUUCUGGACUUUCUUUGCUCUUGUCCUGUUUUGGGUGUACUGGAUCAUGACACUUCUUUUCCUUGGCACUACUGGCAGCGCUGUUAAGAACGACCAAGGCUUUGUGGAGUUCAGAGUGUCCGGGCCUCUGCAGUACAUGUGGUGGUACCAUGCGGUGGGCCUGAUCUGGAUCAGUGAGUUCAUUCUAGCGUGUCAGCAGAUGACUGUGGCCGGAGCGGUGGUGACGUACUAUUUUACUAGGGAUAAAAGGAAUUUGCCAUUUACACCUAUUUUGGCAUCGGUGAAUCGCCUUGUCCGUUACCACCUUGGCACUGUGGCCAAAGGAUCUUUCAUCAUCACAUUAGUGAAAAUUCCACGAAUGAUCCUUAUGUACAUUCACAGUCAGCUGAAAGGAAAGGAAAAUGCCUGUGCUCGAUGCAUGCUGAAAUCUUGCAUUUGUUGCCUUUGGUGUCUUGAAAAGUGCCUCAAUUAUUUAAAUCAGAAUGCAUACACAGCCACGGCCAUCAACAGCACCAACUUCUGCACCUCAGCAAAGGACGCCUUCGUCAUUCUCGUGGAGAACGCCUUGCGAGUGGCUGCCAUCAACACGGUGGGGGAUUUCAUGUUAUUCCUGGGCAAGGUGCUGAUCGUCUGCAGCACGGGCUUGGCGGGGAUUAUGCUGCUCAACUACCAGCAGGAUUACACCGUGUGGGUGCUGCCCCUCGUCAUCGUCUGCCUCUUCGCUUUCCUCGUUGCUCACUGCUUCCUGUCCAUUUAUGAAAUGGUCGUGGAUGUACUGUUCUUAUGUUUUGCCAUUGAUACGAAAUACAAUGACGGGAGCCCUGGCAGAGAAUUCUAUAUGGAUAAAGUGCUGAUGGAGUUUGUGGAGAACAGUAGGAAGGCCCUGAAGGAAGCUGGUAAGGGCGGUGCUGCUGAUGCCAGGGAGCUGAAACCCAUGCUGAAGAAAAGGUGACCAGUCCCAGGAGCCGAGAAGAAUGAACUCAGAGGAGGCUGUUUAUACAAGGUUCUCCCACUCACCAGCUGUUGAGAGUCUGUGGAUGAAGACCAGGAUCUUAUUACUGCAGUGAAGCAAUGGGAGCCUGCGACCAUGCUCCCAAACCACAAACAGCCAAGCGGAUUUGGCACAGGGGGAGCUGCCUCAUAAAUAAUUAAUCAGAGGCAUUGGAUACCAAUCUGUCUUGCAGCAGCCUCUUCAAAUUCAGUGUUGCCUUCUUAUCUGGCCUUGGGUGUAUCAAAGCGCUCCCUUCUGCUUCUCACUCCAGCGCCAGGACCCGCCUGAAGGCUGGAUCCACAACGGAAUUCUCUUCGGUCUGUGUCUGCCCUGUUUGAAUGCUAUUUAUAGGGCCAAUGUGGGUUAAUAACUGUUUAUUCAGUGCCUGUUCCAUGCCAAUUAUUAGGCUGAGUGCUUUACAAAUAUCUGAUCCUUCCAAAAAUUCUGUAAAGUUGCCCCUAUUGUCUGCCUUUUACCCCAGAGCAAAUGGAGGCUCAGAGAGGUUGUGUGCUAUGUCUAAGAUCACACAGUAGGCAGAGUCAGGGCUCAAACUUAGGUCUAAAAUCAAAGCCCUUGCACGUUAACACUCUGCUUUGCCUAUCACUGUUCCAGAGAUAACUAGCCCGUUGUAUUAUUACUAGUCUUCCUCUCCUAAAUGGAGGUGGGGAUGGGGGGGUAUGGCAAGUGUCUGAGAGGGCGGAUCAAGGAGGCUUUACAGGUAUCAAGGAAUCGCAGAAUUAUUUCCUAAGAAAAAUAACACAAUGUUCUUUUAGAUCACAGGUUGAUUAACUAUGACCUGCGAGUCAAAUCCAGCCCCAAAUCUAUUUCUGUAGAUAAAGUUUUAUGGGGACACAGCCACACCCAAUCCUGUAUGUUCUGUCUAUGACUGCUUUUUCUCUCCUCUGGUGGCAGUUGCAUAGUGUGUCAGAGACCAUAUGGCCUGCAAAGCCUGAAAUAUUGACGAUAUGGGCCUUUCCAGAAAAAGGCUUGUUUUAGAUGACUUAGGAAGGAAGCCAACAGUUUUCAUUAAGGCCAAUUUAUUAUUUUCCCAUUUAACUGAAGAACUACUUAAAGAUUUAUAAAGCUAAUAUAAUCACUGUAUUCUAAUGGUGGUGGGCGGUGGGUGGUGGAGUGGGGGGUGAGAGAAGGGGCUGUAGAGAAUCUAACCAGGGAAGGUUAAGGGACAGGGAGUGGAAGGGAGAGGUCUGGGCCUCUGGGUCCCAGCCAACUCCUCACCCCAGGCUCAUCCCACUCAUUCUUUCUCUUCCUCCUGCCAAGUCAAGUUUCCUAAAAUAACUCUUUGCUCGUAAACUUGUAAGUGGCUUCCCACUUACCACAUGCUCAAAUCCCAAGCCCAGCCUGGAAUUUAGAGACCAUAACAAUCUGACCCCUGCUAAUCUCUCCCUUAACCCCCACUUUAUCUUUUUUUUUAACUUAUCAUAAGAAAGUCAUGCCAAAUUUGAGCUUGUAUUUCAAAGCCAAUGUACUUGUCUUUGAUUCUUUUUUAUG